AUGCCGCUGCAGCAUUUAGAGCUGCUGGCACAUUUGGAGAUGCCUGGCUUAGAUGCAUUCAUCAAGUUUUUGAGAAGUGAGUUUAGUGAAGAGAACAUUGAGUUUUGGAUGGCAUGCGAAGAAUAUAGGAAAAGCAAAGAUGCCACACAACUUCCACUCAAAGCAAAGACAAUUUAUGAGACAUUUAUUGAAAGAGAAUCGCCAAAAGAGGUCAACCUUGAUUUUAAUACCAAAGUCUCUGUAAAUCAGAAUAUGGUUCAUCCAACGCACAAUACGUUUGAUGCUGCGCAGAACAAAAUUUAUGCCCUGAUGGAACAAGACAGUUAUCCACGCUUCUUAAAGUCUAACCUUUACUUAGACUUACUCCAUUGCAGACCUUUAGGCUGUUCGGCUCUUCGACGGAGAUCACGUUCUUUUACCUUCAAUGACUUCAAAGAUGUCCAGCCAGAUUUUGCUGUCUGGCUGUAAAAGUUGAUUUCCCUUUGACACCGAUCUUCAUGCCAAUGAAGGGGCAACAUUGCCUCAAAUAGUUUAGAUGAGGGAAGUUAUCAUAGAACUGACAGAAUUGUUUCCAUUUUAUUUUAUCUUGUUUACUUGUAGAUGAUCCAAAGGUUUCAGUUUCAUUUUUUGCAUGGAUUGCCAAUAACUUUUUAUUCUCAGAUACUCUUUAUAAAAUUAGGCCUUUCUGAGCUGCAAAAAUUUGGAUGACCAUUAAAGAGGAACAAAGAGUUAGUUUAUAUCUCUUCACUGCCAUUUAGUGAUCAUCUGUAUUUCUCCAAUUCAUUUAUAGUAGACCUAAUACUGUGAAGGUCAAGUCCCCAAUAAACAGUACCAUGUUUAACAAUAAUGUCUAUGGACAUGCACAGAUAUAAAUACAAAUAUGUUUAUUGUGUACAAAAUCCAAAUACAAUAUGUAGCAUUAAAGCAGGGAAAUCCUGUGUCUUACAGUGUGGGAAUGAUUUUUGUAAGAAUAUGAGAU